AUGAACUGCUUUCAAGGCACUGAGAAAUUCAACUUGAAAGGUGUGAGCAGUAUUCGUUUCAGCGGUUUCAGCACUGAGAAAUUCAACUUGAAAGGUGUGAACAGCAUUCGUUACAACGGUUUAAUUCACAAGAAGGGUAUUGAUAUUCAUCCAGCCCCCGAAAGCAAUGCAAUAAUGAUGUCUACCAAGAUCAAAACAAAGACUGCUCAGCCAGCCAAAUCGGUUGUUGCGGUUACUUUGAAGAAAAAUAGUCGCAAAUCACUGAAAAGUGUCAAGAAUACCACAAAGAAUUAUCGCCGUUCGCACUUAAUGUUAGCACAACGUCGAGCCUCGCAACUGCUACGUUCUCUGAAGCCGGUGGCGUCGCGUCGUGGUCGUCACGUGCGUAAAGCGGAUGCUUGA